AAAGUCUUGGCUGGCAUUGUAAUGACCGAAGAUAUGAAUUUCAAUGAAGCCAAAGUAAUUUCCGUGUCCACUGGCACCAAAUGCGUGAGCGGCGAACACAUGAGUGUCACUGGCGCUGUGCUCAACGAUUCACAUGCUGAGAUCGUCUCUCGGCGUUGUCUAAUGAAAUAUUUAUAUGCUCAAUUGGAUCUACAAUGCAGUCAGGGUAUGUUGAAGCGAUAAUUUAAUUUUUGUCCAACUGAAUACUUACUUGCCUAGUAGAUGACGAGGAGUAUUUUACUCAGACAUAUGUAUACCUUUUAAUAGAAACAACAAUUUUAUUAUUUAAUUUUAAAGCUUUUAAUUUUUAUGUACUUAUGUAUAUAAACUUUGCCGCCACUAUUUCGUACACCAAAUCCCUUCUUAGAGUCUCUACUGAAAUCGUUAAUACAUAUGUGUACAUACAUCCGCACAUGUGCACGCAAGUGCGUAUGCAAAUUGUAUGUAUGUACAUAUAUGUAUGUAUAUAAAAAAAAAAAAUAUACACUUAUAUUAUUGUAAGUUUUAUUUUUUGAUAAAGUAGUAGUGUAGUUUUAUUUUGGUUAGUUUGUACAGCGCACAUUGCAUAACUUUGCAGUUUUGUUUGAAUGCGGUUUGUGCUAUAGCUGCGAAAUUCUACAAAUGUGCCAGGCUUUGCGCGAAAAGUUGCGAAAAGAGUAAAAAAAGAAAAGAAAAAAGCGCAUAAGGAACACAGGGUAGAAAUUCGUUUCAAGUAGCUUUCACAUAAAAAAAAAAUGUACAUCUUUCUUUGCGAAAACUGAAUUUUUUCAAAAAAAAAACUUAUGUUGGCAUGGAUGCGCUACUAGCAAGUUUUGUAAUGUAUAUACAUAUGUACUUACAUAUAUCUGGCAUUCGCUAUACAUAAUGCAACAUUUUACUGCCUUUAUUUUUGCCUUACUUUAACAUAUUUGAGUACUCGUAUUUGUACAUUUUUUAAAAUUUCCACAAUGCAUGCAAAACUCGCUACCAGACACUUUUUUUUGGUUUGUUUUCUUUCAUAUGUAAUGGAUUUUUUUUUUAAUUGCAUGGUGCUGCAUAUUUUAUUUAGCAUAGAAUUUAAGAAGGAAAACAUUUAUGAUAACGCGGUACCAAUAGAAAAAUUAAGAU